UCAUUACAUUAAUUCCUCCCGACAAUUAACUCCUCAUCUCAGAGAAGAAAACCACCAACAGUACAACAUUUUUAAUACUGUUGGUACUAAAUAGCUAAAUCUGCUCUCUCUCCUCUGCUUUUCCAGUUUUCUCGCUCACCAAAUAUCCAGUUCUACGUCCAACUCUUGCAAGGAGACGCCUUUACCUUUUGUCUUCCCUCAAAAAACUGAUCCUUUUUUGCUUUACUCUGCGGCGGGGAGAUGAAGAAGCUCGGAAACGGGAAGGGGCGGAAGGUGCACCCUGCGCCGGCGCAGCAAGACCACCUGGCCGCGCUCCCAGCGGCAGUGAUGGCCCUGGCGGCGACUCUGACGCCGGGCGAGCAGGAGGUCCUGGCCUACUUGCUGUCUGGCGGCGGUAGGUGGAGGGAGCAGCGGAGGCGUAGGCCGCAUCCCCCGGAGCUGGGGUGCGACUGCUUCGGGUGCUACAAGAGCUUUUGGGCGCGGUGGGACGCGUCGCCGAACAGACAUGUCAUCCAUCGAAUCAUCGACGCCGUCGAGGAGACCCUGGAGAGCAAGGAGCGCGUUCGCGGGCGCCGCCGGAGGCAAAGGGAGCGGAAAGGCUGCGGCUUUGUGGCGGCGGAUGGGGAGGAGAGCUUGGAAUUGGAAGCCAAACUGUUCCCGGGGGCGGAUGGAGGUCAUUUGGCUGGCGAUAAUAUUACUGAUGGAUUGGGCGAUGAGGGCUGUGUUCAUGGUGAUGGUGAUAAUGAUGAUGAAGAAGAUGAAGAUGAAGAAAUAGAGGGAAAACAAGAAGACGAAGAAGAACAAUUAGAAGACGAAGAAGAACAAGAUAACGAUGAGAACAACAGCCAUGAGAGCAAGAGCUCAAUGAGGAGAUUCAUGAGUUUUCUUGGAGAAAGUGUUUGGGGAGUUUGGAGUUGAACGAAAAGCCAAAGAUAGAGAUGGAAAAAAGAAGGGUGUUUUCUGCAGAAAUAAAAGAAGGUGGGACUUGGUCAUGGUGGAGAUAGAAUUCUGCAUUCUUUUUUUUUUUUCUGUCUCAUAUUUUUUGUGUUGGAUUUUGUGCGGUUUGUAUUUUAAAUGAACGAGUUUAACUGCAAUUGUUGGGUGUUGUGCUCUGUAAUUAGUUUGCAAUUUCAGUCGCCAUAUUGUUCAACCUUGUGCAUCUCGAUGUCAUAUUGAAUUUUCAAUUCUUUCAAGCUUAUCUUCA